GUUUUGCACUGUUCUUCGUUAUCAUUAUUCGCCAAUAAUACUUAAAAAUAUUCAAGUCCAAGAACAAACAAUUUAACCUGCAAUAAUUCCCACCAAACGACCUUUUAAGGAUGGAUCAAUAAAUGGUGCGUUGCUGCGGCUAACCAUAAGCAUCUAAUUGGAUUUGAAUAGUGAGAAAAACGCUUGUGUUGUGUGAACACUUGGCUUGGUGGGAUACACAAAUAGAUACAUAUAUAUUUAUAUACAUAUAUAUAUAUAUAUAUUGAAGUGCAUCUGCGCCCACCCUUUGGCUCCCACACAAACACCCAUACAAAAUGAAAGCAACAGGAACAAAGGCAAAAGCUGCUCGUCUCACCAGCCUCACCGAGGAUGUGUACAUUGUACCCGAGGAUGCACCCUUUCGUGGCCGUCUGCAAUUUCUCUUUUCUCAAAUUGAAAAAGAAUUUGAACAGCUCUAUGUAGAGAAUCUGCAAUUGCAAGAUAAGCUUGAGAGUGUCACUGCAGUCAGCAACAAGGAAACGCCACCCUCACAUGAGCAGCAGCAACAACAACUGCAGCAGCAACAGCGUAACGAGCGUGCAGGUGUUUCCGGUACGGGAUUAGGCUUGAGUCCUGCCACUUUGGGAGCCACACCAACAUCUCAAGCAGAAGAUGUGGGUGCCAGUUUGUUAGCCAGUACGCAUAAGAGUCUGAAGGCCAAGCUUAGCAGUGCCACAGGUGGGAGCAAGGCAAAGGCCAGCAACAAGAUCAAGGCCCAAACUAGUCGCAUUGUGUCCAGCUUUAAGAACCAAACUGUCGUCAGCUCAGUGGUUCGAGAAUUUGGUGGUCACAAGGAUGGCAUCUGGCAGGUGGACGCCAAGAUAGGGCAACCCAUUAUCGGGACUGCAUCAGCAGAUCACACAGCUUGCAUUUGGGGCAUAGAGAGUGGUCGCUGCUUGCUGCAGUAUCAGGGACACGCCGGAUCGGUAAACUCCCUCAAGUUCCACAAGCAUCGUGAUUUGGUGCUUACUGGCAGCGGUGAUGGAACUGCUCAUAUCUGGCAAGCGGCUGUCAACUGGGAGGUUCCUAAAAAGGGCCAUUCCUCUGAGGAGGAGCUCGAUGAUAGCGAUGAACAGGUAGAGGACAGAGAUCGUUUAGACACUUUGCGUACACCCCUCUGCGAAUUCACUGGCCCUGGCGGCCAUCUAUCUGUCGUGGUUGCUGCCGACUGGCUCUCCAGCAUGGAUCAGAUUAUAACUGGCAGUUGGGAUCGUACUGCCAUAUUGUGGGAUGUCGAAACAGCUCAACCUCUACAGCCUUUGACUGGCCACGACCACGAGCUGACGCAUGUGUCGGCCCAUCCCACCCAGCGUCUAGUCGUAACAGCUUCUCGUGACACCACCUUCCGUCUGUGGGACUUUCGCGAAGCCAAGUCCAGCGCCGUAUCAGUGUUCCAGGGACAUACAGAAACUGUAACCUCAAGUGUGUUUGCGCGUGAUGAUAAGGUAGUGUCUGGAUCAGAUGAUCGUACUAUUAAGGUGUGGGAGUUGCGGAAUAUGCGUUCCGCCCUGGCUACUAUACGAACCGAUUCUUCGGUUAAUCGCCUGGCCGUUUCCAGUGGCGGGAUCAUUGCCAUACCCCAUGACAAUCGGCAGAUUCGUUUAUUCGAUUUGAAUGGUCAACGGGUGGCUCGAUUGCCACGCACCAGUCGUCAGGGACAUCGUCGCAUGGUUUCCUCGGUGGCCUGGGCCGAAGAGCCUCUGCUGAAUUGUGAUCUAUUCUCAUGCGGUUUCGAUCGACGAGUCUUUGGCUGGUCCAUAAUCAUGCCGAAGGAUAAUUGAAAAUUACUAAAACCAGGGAAGGUAAGGAGUCGUAAGGGAAUGUGAAGAAGUAGAACUACAUGCAGGUGCUCGAAUCAUGAACAAACACACAUGAAUAUAUGUUAACCAUAUAUUCAAAUACAUAUAUAUAGAAAAUAUCAAGUAUUAUAACGCCAACAAUGAAAACAUUUUGUCACCCACGAAACGAUGUUGCUUUUAUGCCAAGGAUAUUUAUAUUAUAAUCACUGUUAUUAGGCAUAUCCCUAGAACUAUUUUUAGCUGUGUUUUAUUAUAACUAAAUAUCAUAACUUAAUCUAAAUGUCUAAGGCAUGGUUUUAAUAAAAACGAACAUAAUCAUUUGUCCACCUUUAGUCAA